AAGGAUUUGCCUCUCUCAUUUCCGAAGAAACUGAACAUUUGCCCUGCACACCUUUCAUCAUCGAGCAAACCAUCAGUAGCGCCCAAGUCUUAAGGGCGGUCAAAAAUGGGGUGUCUACACAUGCCAUGAUGGAGGAGAUGAGAGCUCUUGCUAAAAAUGGCACUUGGGAAUUGGUUGCGGUACCUAAGGGCAAAUGACUUGUUAAAUGUAAGUGGGUGUACACUGUGAAGCACAAAGCUGAUGGUUUAAUUGAACGUAACGAGGCUAGAUUGGUGGCCAAAGGCUUUAUUCAGACUUAUGGAGUAGACUACCAGGAAACAUUUGCACCUGUUGUUAAGAUGAACUCUGUCAGAGUCCUUCUCUCCCUUACCUCUAAUCUUGACUGGCCUUUCCAUCAAUUUGAUGUGAAAAAUGCUUUCCUCCAUGGAGAUUUGGAAGAAGAAAUGUACAUGGACAUUCCCCCAAGCUGUGAGGAUGUUAAAACCAAAGGAAAGGUGUGCCGAUUACGCAAGUCACUCUAUGGCCUUAAGUAGUCUCCUAGGUCUUGGUUUGAGAGGUUUACUUAGGCCAUGGUGAGAUAUGGUUUUAAAUAAAGUCAAGCUGAUCAUACUUUGUUUGUGAAACACUCCUCACAUGGUAAGACGACAACUCUUGUUGUCUAUGUGAAUGAUAUUGUACUCACUGGGGAUGAGUUGAGGAGGUUCCUCGGUUAAAUGAGUAUUUGGCUAAUGAGUUUGAAAUUAAAGACUUAGGUAGCUUGAAGUACUUUCUAGGCAUUGAGGUUGCUUGGUCCAAAGAUGGCAUCUUCAUAUGUCAAUGAAAGUAUGUGUUUGAUUUGUUAAAAGAAAUAGGAAUGCGUGGAAGUAAAGCUUGUGAGAUUCCACUAAAGCCUGGACUAAAGCUUAGCGAGGAUCAAGGAAGCGAGCCUGUAGACAGGGGGAGAUACCAGAGAUUAAUGGGAAAGGGUCUCUAUUUCUCAAAGCAUGGUCAUCUUAGUGUGGAGGCAUAUACAGAUGCUGAUUGGGUUGGAUCUGUAACUGAUCGAAGAUCCAUCUCUGGCUAUUGUACCUUUGUCGGAGGAAAUCUAGUUACUUGGAGAAGCAAGAAACAAAAUGUUGUUGUGAGAUCUAGUGCAGAGGCCGAAUUCAGAGUUAUGACUCAAGGUGUGUGUGAGCUUUUAUGGAUUAGAUUAUUCUUAUGGGAUUUGGGGAUUCAUUAGACAGAUUGUAUGAGGCUAUACUGUAACAAUAAGGCCGCCAUCAAUAUAGCCCACAAUCUGGUUCAACAUGAUAGGACCAAGCAUGUGGAGAUUGAUCAGCAUUUUAUCAAGGAAAAGCUUACUAGUGAUGCUAUAUGUACGCCAUUCGUGCGGUCUGGCGAUCAACUGGCUAAUGUUCUCACCAAAGGAUUAGGGACUAAACCAUUCCGUGACAUUCUCAACAAGUUAGGCAUGAGAGAUAUCUUCGCACCAGCUUGAGGGGAAGUGUUAGAAUGUGUUAGGAUAUUUUCUAUUUUAUUCUUAUUCAGUAUCUUUAUUUGCUGUAAUGGGCCUUUAUUUAGGCCGUAACUCACUCCUAUAAUUAUAUGAUUUAAUAUAAAAGGGUUUGAGAUUCCACUCAUACCUUAACUUUUCUUUUCUCAAAACUCACAAUUAACCCUAGUGGAAAAUUUGUUUUAUUGAUGUGUAUGUCGUAUGUGUGCUUAUUUUAUUUGAUUUUAUCAUUUAUGUACAUCGAAUUAUUUGUAUUCCACUUACACUAUUUACUUCUCAUAUCUAAUGGCAU